GCUGCUAGCAAUAGCAAAAUGAUAGAAGAAUAGAAUAUCCGACAAAUGAGAGUCUAGAUUCAUGCUCUUUUGUUUUAUCUGUUGCUCCCUCGCUCGCUCGAUCGAUCGCACCUUCUCAUUUCUUUAUUUAUUCAUUCAUUGAAAUUGUUAAUUUAGGUCCCUCCCAUCCCACCAUCAUCGCCAUUCUCAUUCUCCGAUCUCCAAAAUGCAGGCCACGCUUUUACCUCUCUCCCCUUCUCUUUCUCUCUACAAAUCUCGCACCUCUCAUCUUUCCAUUUUCAAAUCCAACAACACUUUUCUCUCUUCUUUCAAAUCAUGCACACCUCUCACUUCUUCCAAAUUCAUCUCCUUAACGCCUCUCCACCAUUCUUCCCACCGCCUCCACACCAAAGCAACCACCACCGCCGCCGCCGAUGACUCCUCCGACAGCACCAGUCUGAUAAAAACUCUAGAGCUUGGAGCUCUUUUCUGCCUAUGGUUCUCCUUUAACAUUUACUUCAAUAUCUAUAACAAACAGGUCUUGAAAGUGUACCAUUUCCCUGUAACUCUAACUCUUUUUCAAUUUGCUGUCGGGACACUCAUUGUGUCCUUCAUGUGGGGUCUUCAUCUAUAUAAACGACCAAAAAUCACUUCUUCACAGCUUUUAGCAAUAUUUCCAUUGGCUUUGGUACAUACAUUAGGGAACCUUUUCACUAACAUGAGUCUUGGAAAGGUUGCUGUCUCUUUCACUCAUACUGUUAAAUCAAUGGAGCCUUUCUUUUCAGUCAUCCUCUCUUCUAUGUUUCUUGGAGAGAUGCCUACAGCAUGGGUGGUUGGUUCACUUGUGCCUAUUGCUGGUGGAGUGGCACUUGCAUCUGCUACGGAGGCUUCUUUCAAUUGGGUUGGGUUUUUGAGUGCAAUGGCUUCCAAUUUGACAAACCAAUCUCGUAAUGUGCUUAGCAAAAAACUCAUGGUUAACAAGGAGGAAUCCAUGGACAACAUAACCCUCUUCUCAAUAAUAACUGUUAUGUCAUUCUUGUUAUCAGUACCUCUAACCAUCUUCAUGGAGGGUGUCAAAUUUACCCCUGCUUACCUGCAAUCCUCAGGAUUAGAUGUUCAACAAGUUUACAUCAGAUCUCUUCUUGCUGCACUCUGUUUCCAUGCAUAUCAGCAAGUUUCUUAUAUGAUACUGGAAAGGGUAUCACCUGUUACUCAUUCAGUAGCAAACUGUGUGAAGCGAGUGGUAGUUAUUGUGAGCUCUGUCAUUUUUUUCCAAACGCCUGUCUCACCAAUUAAUGCAUUAGGGACUGGUAUAGCCCUUUCUGGUGUUUUUCUAUAUUCCAGGGUGAAGAGAAUUAAGCCAAAGACAGAUUAAUUUUCAGAAGCAAAAUUUUGGUAGCAGCAGCAUAUCAACAGACACCAACUUGUUACAAUUUUGUUCUUUAGAGGUUAGAUGGGGCUUUAGGAUUAUAUUUCAUUAUACCCCUUUUGUGUGGAUCUCAUUAUAUAUGCCUGAGUCUGAGUGGAGCCUAAUGGUUCUGCUCAAUGAAAAAAUUAUCAUAGCUUUUUUAUUUUAUUUUUAUUUUUUAUUAUAUAUCACACUGAGUUUUUGUUUUGUUUUGUUAAGAAAUGUACAAAAUACGAGUUGAUAAAUGUUGGGCAAGUUUUAUUACUACUUGAAAUGGCUUC